AUGGAGUCAUUCCAAAAGGCCCUAUCCGAUUGCAACCUUUUGGACUUGGGUUUUGUAGGACCAAGAUAUACAUGGUGUAAUGAUCGAAUGAAUGGAGGUAUCACACGAGAAAGGCUUGACAGGGUAGUUACCAACCAUGAGUGGAGCCGGUUUUCUGAUGUGAUCAGUGUUGAUGUUUUGCCUAGGAAUUGCUCAGAUCACAAGCCUCUCCUUGUGUUUUUCUCCAAACACCAUGUUAUGGCUUGGCGUAAGCAAAGACAGUUCAAGUAUGAAGCAAGCUGGGAAAAGCAUAAGGAUUAUGGGAAGUUGGUAAAACAGGUAUGGAGGGUUCGUGACUCCUGGGAGACUGCAUGGACCAAACUGAGGAAUAAUUUAAAAGGUUGCCAAAGGGUGUUCCAGAAGUGGGUGAGAAAGGAAGGUGGUAAUUUGGAGGAAAAAAAUAAGAGGGAAGAAGCAGGAAUUGCAAUUUCUUCAAAUGCUGGAGCCUGA